CUUCGUGGCUGGCUGGCGGAGGCUGUCACUCCCGGGCGGUUUCCCUGUGGCCGCCGCUCAGCUGGGGGCGGGAGGAAGAGGGGCCGGACUGGGGCCUGACGAGCCGCCGCUGCCGCCACCGUCUUCGCGGCUGCUAUGACCAGCGGGCGAGGCGCCCUCCGCAGCUCCGCGCAGCGCUAGUCGCGGCCGUGCGCCCGCCGUAGCUGUCUGUCCCCAGCGCAGCCGCUCCCGCGGCUCCCUCGGCUCUUCUCACGCCGCCUGCGAGGCGAGGCGGAGGCAGGAUGAAGAUGACGGUGGAUUUCGAAGAGUGUCUGAAGGACUCGCCCCGCUUCAGGGCUGCUUUGGAAGAAGUAGAAGGAGAUGUGGCAGAAUUGGAACUAAAACUUGAUAAGCUUGUGAAACUUUGUAUCGCAAUGAUUGAUACCGGAAAGGCCUUUUGUGUUGCAAAUAAACAAUUCAUGAAUGGGAUUCGAGACCUGGCACAAUAUUCUAGUAAUGAUGCUGUAGUUGAGACAAGUUUAACCAAGUUUUCUGACAGUCUUCAAGAAAUGAUAAAUUUUCACACAAUCCUAUUUGACCAAACUCAGAGAUCAAUUAAAGCACAGCUUCAGAACUUUGUUAAAGAAGAUCUUAGAAAAUUCAAAGAUGCCAAAAAGCAAUUUGAAAAAGUCAGUGAAGAAAAAGAAAAUGCAUUAGUAAAAAAUGCUCAAGUACAAAGAAACAAACAGCACGAAGUUGAGGAAGCCACAAACAUUUUGACAGCAACAAGAAAAUGUUUUCGACAUAUAGCCCUCGACUACGUACUUCAGAUUAAUGUCCUUCAAUCAAAACGAAGAUCAGAAAUCCUAAAAUCAAUGUUAUCUUUUAUGUAUGCCCAUUUGGCCUUCUUCCAUCAAGGAUAUGAUCUAUUCAGUGAACUUGGGCCCUACAUGAAGGAUCUUGGUGCACAGUUGGAUCGACUGGUUGUAGAUGCAGCAAAGGAGAAAAGAGAGAUGGAGCAAAAACAUUCCACCAUUCAACAAAAGGAUUUCUCCAGUGAUGAUUCUAAGUUAGAAUAUAAUGUAGAUGCUGCAAAUGGCAUUGUUAUGGAAGGAUAUCUGUUCAAACGAGCCAGCAAUGCCUUCAAAACUUGGAACAGGAAAAAGCCCGAUCAUAUCAGACGCUGGUUUUCAAUACAGAACAAUCAGCUGGUAUACCAGAAAAAGUUUAAGGAUAACCCCACCGUGGUAGUGGAAGAUCUAAGGCUAUGUACAGUGAAACACUGUGAAGACAUAGAACGACGUUUCUGCUUUGAGGUAGUCUCUCCAACAAAAAGUUGUAUGCUUCAGGCAGAUUCUGAAAAACUGCGCCAGGCAUGGAUUAAGGCUGUUCAGACCAGUAUUGCUACUGCUUAUAGAGAGAAGGGUGAUGAAUCAGAGAAGCUGGAUAAGAAAUCAUCUCCAUCCACAGGAAGCCUGGAUUCUGGAAAUGAGUCAAAAGAUAAAUCGUUGAAAGGAGAAAGUGCACUGCAGCGAGUCCAGUGUAUCCCUGGCAAUGCCAGCUGUUGUGACUGUGGUCUGGCGGACCCACGGUGGGCCAGCAUCAACCUGGGCAUCACCCUGUGUAUCGAGUGCUCUGGGAUUCACCGGAGUCUUGGAGUUCAUUUUUCAAAAGUACGAUCUUUAACUUUAGAUACCUGGGAGCCUGAACUUUUGAAGCUUAUGUGUGAAUUGGGAAAUGAUGUUAUAAACCGAGUUUAUGAAGCUAAAGUGGAAAAAAUGGGAAUAAAGAAACCACAACCAGGACAAAGACAGGAGAAAGAGACAUAUAUCAAAGCAAAAUAUGUGGAGAGGAAAUUUGUGGAUAAAUAUUCUAUAUCAUCAUCACCUCCUGAGCAGGAAAAAAGGAUUGUCUCCAAAAGUUGCGAAGAAAAGAGGCUGAGCAUUUCUAAACUUGGGCCAGGUGACCAAGUCAGAGUACCUCCCCCAAGUUCAGUGGUUGCUGUAAAUAGCGACGAGGCCAGGCGGGAGUCUCUGUUCUGUCCUGAUGAGCUAGAUUCACUCUUCUCCUACUUUGAUACUUCUUCAAAACUACGUAGUAUUAAAAGUAAUGAUAGUGGAAUCCAGCAGAUUUCUGAUGAUGGAAGAGAAUCUUUACCCUCGACAGUGUCUGCCAAUAGUUUAUAUGAGACUGAAGGAGAAAGGCAAGAUUCUUCUGUGUUUCUCGACUUUAAACAUCUUAAUCCGGGACUCCAGCUUUAUAGGGCUUCAUAUGAAAAAAAUCUUCCUAAAAUGGCUGAGGCUUUGGCUCAUGGUGCAGAUGUGAACUGGGCUAAUUCAGAGGAAAAUAAAGCAACACCACUUAUUCAGGCUGUAUUAGGGGGUUCUUUGGUGACAUGCGAGUUUCUUCUACAGAAUGGUGCUAAUGUGAACCAAAGAGAUGUGCAAGGGCGGGGCCCACUGCACCAUGCCACUGUCUUGGGGCACACAGGGCAGGUAUGUUUAUUCCUAAAACGAGGUGCCAAUCAACAUGCCACUGAUGAAGAAGGGAAAGACCCUUUGACUAUAGCUGUGGAAGCAGCCAAUGCUGAUAUAGUGACCUUGUUACGUUUAGCAAGAAUGAAUGAAGAGAUGCGGGAAUCAGAAGGACUUUAUGGACAGCCAGGUGAUGAAACCUACCAGGAUAUUUUUCGUGAUUUUUCCCAAAUGGCAUCCAAUAAUCCAGAGAAACUAAAUCGUUUCCAACAAGAUUCACAGAAAUUCUGAGUUUUUUUUUAAAGAAGGGGAAAAGAUUAAAUUGAAUGAUCCCCUAAUGUACUAAUGUGUACGUCUGAAAACUCACAAAUUUUUACUGCCUUAAAUCUACUUAAUUUUAGUAGGUAUUGAGUGGUUUGGAAAAAUGGUACCCAUUCAUUGAUAUUUUUAUAAAUGAAAACAUAGAGUUCUAGUAGUUGGGAGAAGAACCUAAGGACCGCUUUUAUUAAAAAAAAAAAAAAAAAAAAGCCUGUUUAAAAGGCUAUUUUUUUAUAGAUAAAGUUAAAUCUAGACCUAGGCCAUCUCUAGGUUAUAAGAUGCUAAGGUUAGACAAAAUUUCUGUUUUUUCCAAUGGUUGGUAGCAUUGGUUUUUGUUUUCCAUGCAUCGUGCCCAGGAUCAUUCAGUCAAGCAUGUCUGCAUCAAGUGGGAGCCAACUGUCCUGCCUGCCCGAAGAAUAUGUCUUGUCUUUAGCCUCCCUGAUGAUUUUUGGUGGUUCAUGUGUGGUUUUGGUAGCCUCGCUGUCAUACUCACAAUACAUAAUUUCAUUAUCAGAACUAGAGAAUAUGUUUCCCCCGUUUGCU